ACCUACCACCUCAUCUCCCGCCGGGCCAGCCUGCUCACGCUGAGGGCCAGCUUCGACCUGGGGGAUCGCUGCAACAAGUGGGGCGAGCUGCUGAGCCACCUACUGGACAAUGUCCACUGCAGAGACCUCAGCCACCUCGAUCUUAACUGGACUUUUACUCUUUUAGAGCCGCUCGACCUCAGGGUCCACUCCAGCCCCAGUUCCCACCAGGAUAACAUUACCAAAAUGGACAAGAACUGCCCACGCAUCUCCAAGAUGCGCCUACAUUUUGACUGGUCGGAUUUGUCCGUGUCGUUGCUCACGCAGUUCCAGCAGCUCCGAGUCCUCGAGCUCAAAUACUUCUGGGUCUUUAAAUGCGUGACUCCCUCAACGCUGCAGAUGCUCAUCAAAUCCCUGCCUAACCUCAAGUCUCUGACAUUAAACAUCUUGGUGCCGCUGAGGAACCUCGGCAUCUCCUACACCCUGGAGUCUCAGUCUCUGGAGUUUUUGGACGUGUCUCCGAGCCGAGGCUUGGUCUUCUCCUGCCUUAAGCUGCCAGCCCUGCGUGAACUUCGAGCCAAGAAGAUUGUCCUGCGUGUCACGCUGGACCGCAGGACCAGGACGCGCAUCCAGAGCCGCUGGCCCUGCCUGUACCACGUCCUCCGGGAGGGGACGCCGAGGCUUCAGGCUCUAAACAACGAGAGGCUCCUCCCUACAUGGAGAGAGAAAAAUUACGGAGAGCUGACUGCUAUCCUGGAACAGUCCUGCUACUGUGUUCAGCAUCUAGACAGCUGGCUGUGGUAGUCAAACGCAUGACAUUACAUGAAGUUCUUACAUUUAUCAUUUUAUGGUGAAAUCUAUAAAGGAGCUAAAUAUUG